UAAAGAAUGCUCAAGCAUUGAUGAUUGUUUAUCGGAACAAACGUGUCAUGCAGAUAAAGAUCUGAAUAAGAAUGUGUGUUACUGUAUUAAUGAAGCUACUAAGGCUGAUAGAGAUGGAAAAUGUACUACGGGAGACAUCAGUGUUCCGGGCUUAGAAGAUGAUGUUAUUCCAAUACAUAAUAUUCAUAAAAAUGUCCAUGGGCUGGUACCAGAUACAAAUAACGAGACGAUGUCGACACACGGAAGUAAAAAUCAGACAAAUCCAACGCCACUAUCGACGCCACACAUUUCCGACAUCGAUUCCACAGUUCUAUUACAAAUAUUCAUCCCGAUUACAGUAGCCCUUCUAUUGCUGUUUCUAGUGGCAAUAAUUAUAGUAAAAAGAUCAAAGGCAUGUAGUAGAAAAUCGAAACGUAACGACAAGGUUAUUCGGAACAGCGAGGAUGUCCAGUUGCUUGACAGGAUGAACUUUGUUAACAAAAAUCCGACAUAUUUUUUCUCUGAGCGAGGCGAGAAGGAUCCUAAGAAAAUCCCAAUCAACAAUAUACCGUACGAUAAAGUAACGUUACAGGAUAUUGUCGGAGAGGGUGCCUUUGGUCAAGUUUAUAGAGGUCAGAACUUUGCAGAAAAUGACGCAGGAGAGUAUGUCGCCAUUAAGAUUUUAAAAGAUGGCGUGUCAAACGAAGUGAAGGAAGAUUUUGAGCGGGAAGUUGAUAUUAUGAGUGCCUUUGAUCAUGAAAACAUAUUGAAACUGAUAGGAAUUAUACAGAGAGGUCCGACUGAGACGCCUUACAUGGUAUUUGAAUAUAUGGUGCAUGGAGACUUGGCAGAUUUACUCAGACGAAACGACCCAGCAAUGCGUUCAAGUGACAGAGAUAUAACACUGGAAAAGACUGACCUCAUAGACAUUGCUACACAGAUUGCUAAUGGAAUGACUUAUCUAACGUCCAAACAUUUCGUUCAUCGUGAUCUUGCAACCCGGAACUGUUUAGUAGGAGAAGGAUUUGUUGUUAAAAUUUCAGAUUUUGGGAUGGCACGUGAUGUGUAUACAUGUGAUUAUUACAGGAUUGGAGGGUCACGAAUGUUGCCAGUACGUUGGAUGUCUCCGGAGAGCAUGAAAUAUGGACGAUUUACAACAGAGUCCGAUAUAUGGGCAUUUGGUGUGGUAUUAUGGGAAAUAUUCAGCUAUGGUAGACAACCAUAUUAUGGUCAUUCAAACGAAGAAGUUGUUCGUUUUUUGGAUGAGGGGAUUAUGUUACAACGCCCAGACGAGUGUCCAUCGACAAUAUAUCAUAUAAUGCUUGGGUGCUGGAAGAAAAAUCCAAAAGAAAGAAUUCCUUACCAGAAAAUACACAAACAUUUAGUAGAUUUCAGCAAAGAAAUUCUGCGUAACGUUCACCAUCAUCGGCCGAUUCUGAACAGUGAAAGCGAGCCAUGAAAUCAUUCACCUUUUUAAAAGCAAACAUUUCCUUUUUGUAAAAAAUUGGGAUCAUUAACAAAGAUCCAAAGACACACUUGGUUCAUGAACCUAUUUCGUCAUGUGUUCCCUUGGACAUUACAGCCUUGUCCUUAAAUGUAACACAGUAACAUGUGUUAUGCAUCAUAACAUUUGUUAUACAAUGUAAUAUGUGCUAUAAUUGUUUUUACAUUAUAACAUGUGUUAAACAUUGUUGUACAUUUUAACAUGUGCUAAAUAUUGUUACACAUUGCAUCAUGUGUUAUAAUUGUAACAUGAGUUAUAUAUUAUAACAUCGGUUAUACAUUGUAACAUGAGUUAUACAUUGUAACAUGAGUUAUACAUUGUUACAUGUGUUAUACAUUGUAUAAAACAUUGUAAUAUGUGCAAAACAUUGUAACGUAUGUAAAGUAGUGUAGCUAUUGUAACAUGCCGAUGAAAAGAAAUACGAUGCACACAACAUGGACGUCCUUACAGCAGAUUUGUACUGCUUACAAAAUCAUCAUGUUCAUUUUGAUAAAAAAGUUAACUGUUGCAGGAGUUUCAGAUUUCUUACUAAAAGAAAGUUUACUGUUACACUUAACUAUUCUUUAAGUCAUUGUGAGUUUGAACACUCCAAUCGUAAUUGAAUAUAAUAGCCAAUAUUCCUGCCGAAGAUCAUGGGUUCUUUUCGGGCAAUCCUGUUUCCUCUUCCAAUUAAAAGUGGCCGUCACGAUAUUGGAAAUAGUGCUGAAAGUGGCGUUGAACACUAACAAUCAAUCAGUCAAUCAUUCAGUUUUUUUUAAUAACCGACAUAAAAUCAGCUGUUCCCUGUUUGACAGCGUCACGUGGUCUGUUUUUAUAUAUGUUUUAAUUUCUGAUGAAACUACCAACAACAACAGAUAUGCAUUAUAUCCAUUUUCUUUUGUCUAUGAUAUCAAAUGUUAUUUAUAGGUUUGUAUUGUUUUGUGUUGUGGCCCCUGAAGAAAACAUGGAAAAGUUUUAUACAUUUUUUUUUUAUUUCAUUUAAAGACUAUUAACGUUAAGAAAACAAAGAGUUAAAAGAUUUCCUCACAAAAUACCUUUUCUAACAUUUUUAUCAGAACAUAAUGAAACAUUGAAUCAUUUCAGGUCGGCAGCUACUUAAAAUAUAACAUCUUCACUCUGAGUUAAAAAAAAAAGAAGUGUAUUUGUAUAAUGAAACUAUGUAAGACAAAACACCACGUUUAUUCAUAAUUCACAAGUAAAUAGUAAAAUAACAAAAAUACCGAACUCAAGGGAUAUUCAAAACGGAAAGUCCUUUAUAAAAUGGCAAAAUCAAAAGUUCAAACACAUCAAAGAAAUGGAAAACAACUGUCAUAUUCUUGACUUGAUACAUUCAUUUCCUAAUGUAGGAAAUGGAGGAUUAAAAGUAAGACAGUGAAAAGUAAAAAUCUUAAUCAAAAUUCUGUUUGUUAUUUGACCAUACAAAAUUUAAAGACGCGAAUAGUCUGUAUUCAGGUUUUACCUUUGGUAUUGACCAUGUUAUGUAUAAAUGUUUACUUCUGCUUGAACUACAAACUUCAUUUUUAUGACCUUGAUAACAGUUUCCUCAAAGAAUGAUUUUAUUUAUGCCUAAUUACAAUUAUACCUAAGACUAUUCGAUUAUUUUGUUAAUGCUCAUUUAGGAUUUGAUGAUAUCCAUUAUCAAUGUAUUUUGGCUUCCUGGGUUUGGUAAUGGUAUAUUUUCAUGUGCGUACUGAAAUAAUUAAAAUUAAAUAUUUCUUUUCGAUUACUUCUUUCUUAUUUUAAGGGCAGUGUAAUAUAAGGUACGACCACUUUUUAGUAAGUUGAAGAAAAAUUUAUUUAUCGUGGAGUUUUCAAACAACAUGAGAUUGACUGGUGACUGUUGGGAUAUUUCUUUUAUUAUAUUUGCUAUGAUUCCUCGCCUAUUUUUUUAAUUUAAGGAAAUAGUACACAGCAAAUUUGUUACAAUAGAUCAUGGGAUAAAUAUUUAUCAUAUAUCAUUACAGAUAUUUUGCUACAUGAUAUCAAAUGUCUAAAAAGUUAAUGUAAAAAGUAAAUAGAUUUGUGUUCACACUCAACCUUGACAAAAUGUAUCGGUAAAAGCGAAAUUAAGAAAACUUUGUCAGUUUCAACAUGUGUGUGUGGUUGUUUCUAGACUAACUUUUACAUGUACGUGCUUAAGUGGUUCUUUUUCAAAUAAAUUAACAAUCAAUUAUUUAUGAUGUAUAAGGUACUUAUAAAUUGAAAUUUACUGUUUUGCAAGUUCAGGGGUCAAAUAAUUGCUUUUAUCACACCUGUCUCCCGUUUGAUACUUAGGAAAACUAUCUAAACGAUUGUUUUCUAUAUAUAUC